ACAUGGCAGGAAGCGCGGCUAAAACUCCAUUUUGAGAAGGUUUUGCAAAUAAAUUAAUUGCAGCUUAAUAAAAAGGAGAUGGAGGAGAGAUUGCGUUGCGUGCAGCAUAGUGGGACCAGGGGCGGUGUGGCUGUUAUGUGUCCCCUACAGCCGUGCUGCUACUUUACUGGACAGUUACUUGUCCCAGGAAUUGGCUGAUGCUCCUCUUGUCCCCAGGCUGCUCCUCUUUUCCUUGCAUUGUUGCAGGGCUACAUUUGUUUCCAAAAUUUUAGUUGCAUUAUUAUGGAGAUUCCUUUUUGCAGCAUGCAAUUAUCACUAUCGUUACAGGCUGCUUGUAAUUCAGCUUGAUGUUUUAAUUAGAAUUUGUGGACAUCGGCUCCUAUGCCUGGAUAUAUUAUGAAAGAGUCAGACCUAAGUCUGUAAACUGCAUUGGUUCUUUACUGGUAAUGAGUUCAUGAUCUGCUAUCAACUGUUACUUUCCUUGACAUUGAUGGACAUGAGGACAGGGACUAUCUUGAUUAUAAAUGCCAGAAUAAGUUGCCGGCAGGAUGAACCAUUCUUUAGAAAAUUCGAUUCCGUAUGAAGACUAUCUGAGAAUGAAAGCCCAGACAAUACCACCCCACCGCAUGAAGGAAUUCUUGGAUUCGCUCAAUAGCAAAGGAACUGAAGAAAUGCAACAGUUUGUACAUUCUCCAAUUUCCGUAUAUCAGCAAAGGAAUCAUUACUUUUACAUGGAUGGCUCUGAUGUGGCAGGUUCUUUGUUGGAGCUUGCUAGACCCAUAGCUUCUCCUUUACAACAUUCAACUGUAAGCCCAGGUGUCCCUUUGGAUCAGCAUCACAUCCCAGUUCACCAUGUGCAAUUGCGACAAGGCCACAAUGUUGACGUCCAGCAGGGCCAACAGAGUAAGACCCUGCAGCAACAGGUGGAUGGACAGCCUGUGUCUGAUGGACAAAGUUCUAACAUUAUUGGUACGCCAAGUUCUCAGGAUAGACGUUCUUGCUCCUCUGGAUUAUCCCAGCCGGUUAAAAAACGAAAAUUUGAUUUGCCAAUUGAGGACGGUUACACUAUAAACCACACAUCUUUACAGAAUGGUCCUGCUGCAGUCCUAGCGCUGCCUAUGCAGAGCCAGCAGCAAGCUUACAUUCCUCUUCGCCAGGAGCUGCUAACUGUGGAUAGUAGUCAGUUGUAUGGUUUAGUACCUGCCAGUACUUCAAAUGCAGGACAGUUACCUAAUGUAGAAUCUUGGGCAAUAUUUUCUGCACAUGCUACAUGUCCUGAAUCUCAGACUAUUAUUAACACUUCUGUACCUCAGGAUAGUUGUGGAAUAGUUCAAAUGGGGGAAAUUCCAAUGAACAUAAAUAAUGUUAAAUUAGAAGACAGCAAAGAGAGCUUUGAUGUGAAAAAGAAUAUCUCUGAUAAAUCAGUGCAUACUGCUGGUUCUUCUGGGUUUCCUAUGCCAUUAUUAAACAUGAAUGGGAAUAUUCAAAUUCCCUUAUCCAUACAGACAGGGGGACGUAUGUACCAAUCUUCAAAAUACUGGGAUCAACAAGUACAGCCUCAAGGUGUACAUUGUUCUCCAUCUGAUCCACACCUGCGAUUACAAAAUAAUGUGGAUUUCCCUUGCACCCUUAAACCAGAAGAAGGAGCUAUGUUUUGGAGGACCUGGGCACAGAUUAAAAAUGCAGAAAUGCUGAAAGAAGCUGAAAACAAGUCAUCAUGGUUUGGAAGAAGAAAACCAUUAGUUUUUAAAGAAGAUGUUCUCUCAGUGCCAAUAGCCGAAUUGAAUUAUGGUUUAUGUUUAAUUACCAAAGAAGCUAAAAAACAUGAUGGUACCCCAUAUGAUGCAGACAUGAUGUUUUAUUUGCUCCUUUGCAUACAGAAGCAUAUGUUUGAUAACAAUAGGAUUGAUAACAUUUUUGCUGAUCUUUACUAUUCAAAGUUCUUGGAAAAGCUUCAUGAAGUGCUUAAGGAAUGGUGUCCAAGAGUAAAUCCUUUUGGUUACAUAAUUUCCAGUUGCAUUUGUGAAGACAUGCUCUGGGACUGCAAGCAAUUGGGUGCCCAUUCGCCAACCACUUUACUUUUCACCCUGAUGUAUUUCAACACCAAGUACUUUGUUUUGAAAACUGUAGAGCAACAUUCACAGUUGGCUUUCUCCAAGAUCACAAAGCAGACCAGGAAGAACCCAGGAAUAGGAAAAGACAAAAACUGUACAAUCCGCUUUUUGCGGCUCUAUGGUCAAGUUCAAAGUGGCUUAAAAGUAACUGAAGAAACUUACGUGGAACAGCUUGAAAAUCCAGAUAACCCACUGCAGUGUCCAAUCAAGUUGUAUGAUUUCUAUCGCUUUAAAUGUCCUCAGGGGGCCCGCGGACCCACAGAUGCCUUCUAUUUGGUUCCUGAACCUGUGGUUGCACCGAACAGCCCCAUCUGGUACUCUGGGCAGCCUGUAAAUGAAGAGGUGAUGGAGCAGAUGCUGACGCGUAUAUUACUGGUUAAAGAGGUCCAGGAAGCACAUGCUUCAUCCCGCAUUUCUGCCUACUAAUCGGUUGCUUGUAGAAACAUAAUUACAACUGUUUGUAUAUACAAUUUAUUUGUAAAGCAUGAGCAAACUGUGUAGAAUCUUUCCCUGACUGUACUUUAUUCCACAGGAAAAGCUAAUUGCUUUGAGAAUACAAAGCAUUUACUGACCACAAUCUAUGUUGAUAUGUUUGCAAUGUAGAAAUUGCACAUUUUACAGAUUCAAUGUUUGUUUUUGAUAUAAUUUAUGCUGACACUACAUUGAGCACUAUUUAACACUGUAUAUACAUGACUGAUAUCUCCACUCCAAAUGACUCACUUUUUAUGUAAAUAUGUUGCUAUGUUUAUGUUUUGGGUUUUUUUGCGCAUAUAAACAAGUGCAUUUAAGGUCAGUUCUUACCUUAAGUCUUUGAUUCAGAAAUAUGUACCAUGUGAGAGACUGUAUGAAAAUCAUUGUUCGUUUGUAACAAGCGCUUAGCAAUUUUAUAAUUUAUUAAUCUGUUUAGUGCAAUGCAGCCAUAAUCAUGUUCCUAAUGAAACAUGCUGAAAUUAUGGAAUCGUACUGUUUUUUUCCUUUAUAUAAGGAGAAUGCUUCCAUGACUGGCUUUCUUGCAGGGCAACAGAAUUUCCAUGGAAAUGCUCCAAUCUUUGCAAGAAUACUGACAUUAUAGCCCUCCUGAAUAAUGUCUUUCUAAUUGUAAUAGAGAGAUGAAACCACAUCACUUUUACUUCACUUUUCUGUUAUUUUGAGAGCAAGUGUAAACUGGGUUCAUGGGAAGCUUCAACAUUGUUGGAUUUUUUUUCCAGCUUUUGUGUUUGAUGUUGUGGGUGUACUUUGUGCCUAAGUAAAAUGUCACUACAGAUUUGACACUUUAUUGGUUAACACCUACUUUUGUGUUUGCACAGAAGGAUUGCACAUCAUGCUGAGAAUAAAACUAUACAACCUUACCUCAAAAAUCCAGUCAUGCCGUGCCUUACCACAAUCCAGGCACUUGGAUUUCUUUCAGUGGUGACUGUAAUGUAAAUUUUGAUUACUUGUGUUUUUAGUAAGUUCACUUUUACAGGGAGAUUUGUAUAUUUUCACAGAAGAUUUAAAAUGGAAAUCACUAAUAGGAAAAAAAAAUGAGUUUGUUAUAUCUGAUGUAUGCUAGAUUUCUGGUAUCUUUGUUAUUUAAUACAGAUUGAGCACUAAUUUUGAUUUGAAAUAAAAUUGCAAUUGAAUGUA